AUCGUCAUCGCCGUGUCCAACGUUGACUAAUUUACCCUCGUCUUCAGAGCCUGUCUCUUAAACUUUCUCCUCCUACCGGAGUAUACCAAACACAAUGGCUCACCACCUCCUUCCCAUGGCGGCCAUCCUCGCCGCCGCUGCCGCUCUGCUCGCUGUCCCCGCCGCAGGUUACCCCUGGCCGGUGUGCGGCGGGACCAGCAGCUUCAAGGCUAACAGCACGUACCAGGCUCAUCUCGACUCCGUUGCCGCCACCCUGCCCAAGAACGCCUCCACGUCCCCGGACCUCUUCGCCACCGCCGUCGUCGGCACCAUCCCGCAGCAGCUCCGGGCCAUGGGGUUCUGCCGCGGCGACAUCAACGCCACGGACUGCUUCAGCUGCCUGACCCAGGCUUUCAAGGACCUGUCCAACGACUGCUCCUACGACAAGGACGGCACCAUCUACUACGACCCCUGCAUCCUCCACUACUCCGGCGUCCGCACCCUCCCCGGCAACGACACGGGCCCGACGACGGAGACGUACACCGUCAACAGCAACGCUAUCGUCACGUCGGACCCGGCCCGGUUCAUUAGCCUCCGGGCCGCCCUCAUCAACGCCACCGUCGCCUACGCCGCGAACAACUCGACGAGGCUGUUCGCGACUGGGGAGGCCGACUUCAACCAUGAGUUCCCCAAGGUGUACACCCUGGCUCAAUGCAGGCCGGACAGGACGCCGGCGCAGUGCCGGCGGUGCCUCGCCACCAUCGUGGCGGGUAACCUGGGGGGCUUCCAGAACUACGCCGGAGGCAGGGUGCUCGCAAUCAACUGCACGUACCGGUACGAGACAGUGCCCUUCUUCAAUGGACCGGCAAUGGUGCGGAUGGCAUCACCGAUCUCAGGGGCUCCGGCACCAGCGCCGGCUUCGACGCCGGGGCCGGCUGUGCAGCCAACGGUUGGGACGUCGCCGGACGCCAGAUUAGGAAGAAGAAAGUACUCCACUGUAGCAAUCGUGGUUCUUGCAGUUGGGUUACCAACCCUUGCAGCCUCGAACCUUGUCGCCUGCAUCUGUUUCUGGAGGCGGCGGCGACCAAUUGAACAAGUGAAGAAGCAGUCAUAUCCCAUGUAUUCAGCCGAAGCCGAGGACAUGGAAACGGUGGACUCGAUGAUGAUCGAUGUCUCCACCCUGCGAGCCGCCACAAGGGAUUUCGACGAGAGCAACAAGCUCGGAGAAGGCGGCUUUGGAGCGGUGUACAAGGGUGUUCUCCCUGACGGCGACGAGAUAGCGGUGAAGCGGCUGUCCAAAAGCUCGACGCAGGGAGUGGAGGAGCUGAAGAACGAGCUCGCGCUGGUGGCCAAGCUGAAGCACAGGAACCUUGUCAGGCUCGUCGGCGUCUGCCUGGAGCAGCAGGAGCGGCUGCUAGUCUACGAGUUCCUCCCCAACAGAAGCCUCGACCUCAUCCUCUUCGACACUGAGAACGAGGAACGUGAGCAGCUGGACUGGGGGCAGAGGUACAGGAUCAUAAACGGCGUCGCUCGAGGCCUGCAGUACCUGCACGAAGACUCCCAGCUCAAAGUUGUCCACCGUGACCUCAAGGCCAGCAACAUCCUGCUGGAUGCGAACAUGAACCCCAAGAUUUCGGACUUCGGCCUCGCCAGGAUCUUCGGCCGAGACCAAACGCAGGCCGUCACCAACCGUGUUGUCGGAACCUAUGGCUACAUGGCGCCGGAGUACCAGAUGCGCGGGAACUACUCCGUGAAGUCGGAUGCGUUCAGCUUCGGGGUCAUGGUGCUGGAGAUCGUCACGGGAAGGAAGAACAGUAACGACGGCGACAGACCCCAGCAGUCUGGACACCUCUUGACCACCGUAUGGGAGCACUGGGAGGCCGGGACAGUGGCGGAGUUGGUGGACCCGGGUAUGAGCGGCAGCUUCCCGGUGGGCGACGUGCUGAAGUGCAUCCACAUUGGGCUGCUGUGCGUCCAGGGAGACCCAGCGGCGCGGCCGGUGAUGUCCUCGGUCGUGAUGAUGCUUGGCAGCGACACGAUCACCCUCCAAGCGCCGUCCAAACCGGCGUUCUUCGCCAGGAACAACGGCACUGACAACACGACCGUGUCGACGGCAUCAGUGCAGGGCUAGCCGUGAGAGUCCAGAACAGUUUUCAGUAACCUGUUAGCAUCGACCUGUAUGCUUGCAUGGGCUAGUAACGAUUUUUAGAAUUUCCAUUUCAGUUUAUUUAUUUGAGAUUGAGUUGUAGAUUUCACUGUAUGCUCAUUUGAACCAAUAUGAGGUAAUUGUAGAGCAUCCGGAAAAUGAUGUGUGACUAUCUAUUUCCUCCACAUCAUCAAGGCACAUGACACAGUUGUAACAAGACUUAACGUAAGUGUUUCUUCUUAAGAGUAUCCUUCUAGUGUCUAGCCGAUCAACAAGAAUGACCUAAAACUGUACUUUUAAAAUCCACUUCAAAGGCAGAGGGGGAACACUGAGCUGAAACUGUA